AAGGGGGAUGUUUGCCGGUGUUUGGAGCUGAUAUUUCUGACGUCACCUGACCUGCACACCGGCCGGACUCCAGAUCGACCUCCAGCUCUUCUCCUCACCGGCUAUCAGCUAAUAUUCGCCGGCCAUGGCGCUUCGCAAGUUCUUCGUGGGUGGAAACUGGAAGAUGAACGGGAACAAAGACAGUCUUGGAGAGCUCAUCACCACCCUGAACACCGCCAGCCUGCACGACGAGACCGAGGUGGCUUGUGCCGCUCCCUCCAUCUACCUGGACUUUGCCCGAUCCAAUCUGGAUCCCAGGAUCUCCGUUGCAGCCCAGAACUGCUACAAGGUGGCCAAGGGAGCAUUUACUGGAGAGAUCAGCCCAGCCAUGAUCAGAGACUGCGGGGCUGACUGGGUGAUCCUGGGACACUCGGAGCGCCGUCAUGUGUUUGGGGAGAGUGAUGAGCUGAUUGGCCAGAAGGUGGCUCAUGCUCUGGAGAACGAUCUGGGUGUGAUCGCCUGCAUCGGUGAGAAGCUGGAGGAGCGAGAGGCAGGAACCACCGAAGAAGUCGUCUAUGCUCAGAUGCAGGUCAUUGCAGAAAAUGUAAAAGACUGGGGGAAAGUCGUGCUGGCAUAUGAACCUGUUUGGGCCAUCGGCACAGGAAAGACAGCCACACCUGAGCAGGCUCAGGAGGUCCAUGAGAAACUGAGGGCGUGGCUCAGAGCAAAUGUCUCCGAUGAUGUGGCCGACUCUGUACGCAUCAUCUACGGAGGUUCGGUCACAGGAGCAAACUGCAGAGAGCUGGCAUCUCAGGGCGAUGUGGAUGGCUUCCUGGUGGGCGGGGCCUCUCUGAAGCCAGAGUUUGUCGACAUCAUCAACGCACGUGCAUAACAAAUGCACUUAACUAUAGCAGGAUCAAUGGAAAAACACCCCACCCUUUAGAUCUUCACCGUGUAACACCUUGUUUCUGCAAACUGGGCUGACUGAUCCAGUUAAACCAGAGAAAACCGUAUGUUGAAUAUUUAAACUACUAAAUACCUUUAAGAAAAGAUUUUUUUUACUCCAUUCUUUUUUUUCCUGACUUGAAAAAAUAAGGAAACUUUAGAUAAUUAGGAUUAAAAACAGGAAAUCUAUGGAGACAUGGUGAAGUGACUCAUGUGAUCCAUGUAAAGAUUCCUUUUAAAUUCUUUAUUUGCUGCUAAUCUGAGGUGAACUUAGAGAAUCAGAGGAUCUGUCAGCCCAGGCUGCUUUAUGUGUUUGACUUUAUGUGUCUCACCCAACUGCACUAACUGAUACUUUAGGUCUUUAACAAAUAAAGUUUCAGACAGAAUUUACUUGAAAUGAUAAAACAAAGAUGUCUGCAGGUACUGAGCUGUGAGGAGUGAGUAGUUGUGGUUUAACACUGACUGAAGAAAUCAGGGAAAUGAAUGAUGUAAGAAGUAAAAACACAACAACAAAUAAAUAAAUGUGGAAAAAGUGUA